CACCCACCAAGCAUUCAUCAAACAACAACGGAUCACCAGACUGCCGCGGUGCCCAGUCUUCCGAUGCCCACAAUCUACCAGACUGUCAAACUGUGCGUGUCAAUUGGGCUCGAAGCCGCUGCAGCAUGGUCGAAGCGGUUCGGCUAUGGGUCCCGCCCGCCUGGCUGGCCCCAUCACAGAAUGCCAGAUGUGGCAGCAUCGACGGAGCCCAACCUUCCAACCACGCGCUGGUGGUCUUCCAGCGAGAAACAGGCCAGGGAGCUUUCCGGCAUUGUUGGUCCGCUCUAGUUACCGUCUGUCGGUCCAUCUCAUCUCGUUCGGAACGCAAUCCGCGGCGCCAACCUGGUAAUCGCUUGUCUCGAAACAAGGCCUGGCCUGCUUGUUUGUCGUUGAUGGGGCUCCAUCGAGGCUCUUGACGUGGCAGCAUUGGUUGCCACUCACUUAGUGUCUGAUUGGCCCCGCUUCCGUUGUCGUCCGGCCCACAAAUCUGCAACGCCAGCGUUGAAGGUGGAGGACUCGGGCUUGCUUCGAAGAUGGCCUGCUGAAAGAUGGCAUGGCCAUGGAGGGGCUCGUGUCGAGUUACGGAGGAAUCCUUUCACCCUUGCAUGGCGGAAAGCUUUUCCCGCAGCAAAUGGCUCGCGCUGGCACCUAGAAUCUCCAUCGCGGAUCAAGGCGGCCUUCGUCCAC